CUUUUACACCAAAGAAGUGCAAGUGUCAUAGACUCAUCGUGUAGUUUUUGAUAGGGAAAAAAGAUGGGGUUGGGUAUUCGUGCUUUGAUCAUGGUGUCCAUGACCAUAUGUACUCUCACGUCAGUGGCAAAUGCUGCACAGGGGACGGCUACUUUCUAUACUCCUCCUUAUGUUCCCUCUUCGUGCUAUGGAUUUCAAAACAAUGGUGUCAUGAUAGCUGCUGCAAGCGAUGCAAUAUGGGGGAAUCGGGCAGCCUGUGGGAGAAGUUAUAGAGUCAGAUGCAUCGGAGCAACAAAUCAAGGUGUACCACAACCUUGUAAGGGUACAAGCGUUGUGGUUAAAAUCGUCGAUUACUGUCCACCAGGAUGUCAAGGAACCAUUGAUCUCUCUAAAGAAGCUUUCUCUAAAAUAGCUAAUCCUGAUGCUGGAAAAAUCAGAAUUGAAUACACUCAGUAAGUCUCAAUCCAUGAA